UUGUGGAGGGAGGAGGUGUGUGUACGUCGUUCCUCCAUUGCAAGGUGAACCUCCCAGUCAAAGCUCCAAGGCUUCCCGCCUCACUCACGUUCCUGAGUUGAUAGGGAGCCUGAAGUUCUGAAAAUCCAGAGGAGAGCUGGAAAAGAGUGUUGAGUAAUCAAAGUUUAGGAUAUUUUACGGUUCGAAAUGCGAUGUGGAUGGAAAGUGUCGUUGAAGAGACAGGAUUCCUCUCAACUGCUGUUGCUGCUGUUACUUCUGCCACUAAUCCAAGUAUUCGGACUGGAAUGUCCUCAGCCAGCCGCCCCAGUGAACGCUCGCGUGUCUGUAGGAGGCCUCACUCCUGGCUCCCUGGCCACAUAUGUCUGUGAUCCUGGAUACGAUCUCUUCGGGAGCGAUAGCGUGGUCUGCGGUGGAGAUGGCAGGUGGACUGGAGCGCUGCCAGUUUGUGCUACAAACGUGGCGUACCGCAAACCCGUCAAUCAAUCAUCGACGGCGCGCGGCGGUGCAGGCGAGAACGCUAACGACGGAGACCUAAACACCGUGCACGAUGGCAACAAAUGCACGCAGACCCUCGACGAGACCUCACCGUGGUGGGCUGUAGACCUCCUCCAGCAGUACGAGGUCGCUGUCGUCAAAAUUACGGCCCGAAGCUGCUGUGGACAUAAACCACUUCAGGACCUGGAAGUGCGCGUGGGAGACUCGGUCAAGUAUCAACUGAACAGACUGUGUGCCUGGCUACCUGGCGUCGUAGAGGAAGGAAGCACGCGGGAGCUGUCGUGCGCCCGGCCCAUGCUGGGGCGCUACGUGAUGGUACAGAUGUUGGGGGUGUCAGGCUCCAUGUCUCUGUGCGAGGUGCAGGUCUUCUCCACGCAGGAGACUUCUAAGCAGCGCUGUAUGGGAUCUAACCUACCAGGCGCGCUGGCUACUUUCAACAGAACUUGCUACCAGUUCCAGACCGAGGAGAAAGGCACGUACGCGACUGCCAAAGAGAAGUGCGCAGCCAACAAGGCGUCGCUGGUGCAGCACAUCGAGCCCAUCACGCAGGACUUCCUCUCCUCCGAGCUGCGCAGGAUGGAGUCCCGCCUCGGCACGCAGCUCCUCUGGAUCGGCGUCGAGAAGGAACCUGCGCACAUCAGCCGCACGUGGAGAUGGGCUGAUGGAUCAGUGAUCAAGAAGCCGCUGUGGGCCCGCAAUCAGCCCAACAAUUACAUCGGGGACCAGCACUGCGUCAUGCUGGACGGGUCCAUGCAGUGGCUCUGGAAUGACGUCACCUGCUCCCUGGACAGCCUACACUGGAUCUGUCAAUACAGUUCACCGUCGUGCGGCAGCCCCGACAAGAACGAGAACACGACGGUGGUCGUGACGACGAGCCCUGACGACGAAGAGGUACGCGAGGUCGCGACGUACUCGUGCCCUGAGGGCCACAUGGUACUGGGCGAUAAGAACAGAACCUGUUCUUCUGAUGGUUUCUGGGCGGGCAAAGCCCCGACAUGCAAGUACGUUGACUGCGGUGCGCCGGGCGACGUGCAGAACGGUAACGCGGUGCUGCUGGACGCACGCACCACCUACAGCGCCCGGGUGCUGUUCACCUGCGCUGAGAACUACACGCUCGAUGGCCAGGAGGACACCAUCGUGUGUGGGGAGCAGGGAGUGUGGCAGCCUCGAGCUCCUAAUUGUCUGUUCUCGUGGUGCCCUGCCUUGGAGGCGCCCCGUGAUGGAGGCCUCGAGGUGACGGGACGUCGUGCUGGAGACACCGCCAUCUUCCACUGCAACCCUGGCUUCACCCUCAUCGGGGCUAAGACAGUCUCGUGUCAGCUGGGAGGCGCGUGGUCUGGCGAGGCGCCCACGUGCAGAUUUGUGGACUGCGGCAUCCCUGAUGACCUGGAGCACGGCGAGAUGACACUCGCUAACGGCACGACGUACCUGGACAGCGUGGCAGACUAUGAGUGCGACGCAGACUACUGGCUGGACGGGCCUACGCAGCGGACGUGUCUUAAAGACGGACGUUGGACCGGCGACCGCCCGUACUGUGUCUUAAUCAACUGCGGUGAGCCUGAGAUACCCCACGGAGGGUAUGUGACGGGGUACAGUUUUGACGUGGGUGCCGAGGUUGAGUAUCACUGCGAGGCGGGCCACUACAGCACCGGUGACACGCGGCGCGUGUGUACGCGAGACGCAACUUGGAGCGGCGAACCUCCGAACUGUACUUUCGUGGACUGCGGGCGGGUGCCGCCGCUGGUGCGGGGCGAGGUGCGUUACUUGCAGGAGGGCGAAGCCACGUUCCUGGACAGCCAAAUCCAGCACGUGUGCAACACCAACUUCAGGCUGGUGGGCGACGAGUUUCGCACCUGCAAUAAGGAGGGACAGUGGAGUGGCCAGGUCGCCAAGUGUGAAGAGAUUCGGUGCAGCAACCCUGAGGUGCCAGACUUGGCUCGCAUCAGCAUCGCGCGCAACGACAGGCGACUGUCGUCUGUCGUGCGCGGCAAGGACGAUAUGAUGCCAGACCAGACAUACAAGGUGGGCAGUACCAUCACGUACCGCUGCGACAAGGGAUACGUGGUGGAGGGCGCCACUAUGCGCACGUGUCUUGCUAACGGCACGUGGUCGGCUGAGGCGCCAGGAUGCAAGUUUGUUGAUUGCGGUCUCCCCGAGUCCAUCAGCCCCGGCGUGUACAGACUGCCCAGCAACGAGACGAGCUACGGAGCCACGGUAUCGUACGAGUGCGACCCCAACUGGAAGGUGGAGGGAAAAUUCCGUAGAUUCUGUCAGGAAAACGGCACCUGGUCGGGACCUGUUCCCAAGUGCAUCCAGAUUCAGUGCCCCGAGCUGAGCAGCAUGGCAGAGCAGGGUUCAAGAGGCCUGCGCGUGGAGGAGGGCGACCGCACCGUGGGCAGCCACGCGACCUACUCCUGCGACGCGGGCUACGAGCUCGUGGGGCCUACGCGACGUAGCUGCUUACAGCACGGCGUCUGGGACACUGAGACACCCACGUGCAGGGCCGUGGUGUGCGAGGAGCCUGAGCAGAUCUUGAACGGGCGCAUGAUCAAGCUGAACGACUCGACGGCGUUCGGGUCCGUGGUCGAGUACCUCUGCUUCCCCAAGUACCACUUACAUGGCUCCUUCCAGAGGACCUGUACCCAGCAGGGUACUUGGUCGCACGUGCCUCCUACGUGCUCCCUGGACGACACGGACGGAGGUAUCCUGGACGACAACACAGUGGACGGGACGACGAACUCAGCUCGGGGGGCGCCAGGAGGCCACGUGGAUGAGGGCUCCAACAGCGGCCUCAUCGCCGGCAUCGUCGUGUCCCUCGUGCUGGUAGCCGCCGUCGCCCUCGCCCUCGCCUUCUUCAGGACUCGGCAACGGAAACUCGCCAAGACCAACGGUGGUAGUGGUGGCGGUGGCGGUGGUGGCGGUGGUGGGAGUCGAGGCAAGGCUGGCGGUGGCGGCGGCGGGAUGAACGGCGGCGGGAUGCGUGAUGUCGGCGUCGUCAGCUACGCCGGCCUCAGUGACCCUACAACAGGUAACAACAUCUAUGAAAACAUCCCCGAUGACCUCGACCCCGACCCUAACUACUCUGAGCUCAGCAGCCCGCCAUCUGAUGGCAGCAGAAGUUCUGGACCAACAUACACCAACGGGUCCAUGUCAGAGCGCAUGAGCAUGGGAGGCUACCCACCUAACCAGAGACCCAGGCUUCCUCCUCCUCCCCAGCCUCCCGUCGCCCCACCUCCGAUGGCCGUCACAAUUAACGGCAUGGCUAUCAACGGUCAUUAGAGCAUAUAAAGGCAUUAUAGACAUCCUAUUAAGUUAACAUCUAGUGUAAAAACAAUUGAUAGUUUAAUACUUCCAUCGCACGACAAGGAUAUUUGUUCUCAACUGAGAAUGUCUUGUGUAAGUAAUAAUGUCGCUCGUUUGCUUCAAUCGCAAAUUCACUAAAAAAUUAAAACCAAAGAAAACUUCACAA